GUCCUGACCGGCAGCCUCUCUUUCAGGUAUGGGUCCUACAUGAUCUGGAAAGAGCUGGGGGGCUUCUCGAAGGAGGCUGUGGUUCCCCUGGGCCUCUACGCUGGGCAGCUGGCUCUGAACUGGGCAUGGCCUCCCCUCUUCUUCGGUGCCCGACAAAUGGGUUGGGCCCUGGUGGACCUCCUGCUGAUGGGUGGAGUGGCGGCAGCCACGGCCGUGGCCUGGCACCAGGUGAGCCCACCGGCCGCCUGCCUGCUCUACCCGUACCUGGCCUGGCUGGCCUUUGCGGCCACGCUCAACUACUGCGUCUGGCGGAGCAACCAAGACCACAGCCGUGGCCGUCGGCUCUCGGAGUGAAGGCGCCCCGCCCUCCGAGGACUGCAGCCGCUGCGGGUCAGGCGCUGCUGGUGGUGGCGGCCUCCGGGCUCUCCUGGCCGCCAGGCUGCCUGUGUGUCUGGUCUCAGCCCAGGGGUCACCAGCAGUUUCAGAGGUGCUGCAGGCCGAGCCCCCACCCCAGAAACAGUGUCCUGCGCUUUCUGCACUGCUCGAAGCUCGCUCUCAGAAUGUGGAAUUUUAUAAGCCAAAUAAAGUUUUUAAACCUC